AAACCCUAUAGGUCACGUGACGCGCCCAAGCAGCGCGUGUCCUUAGAAACCACACACCGGCUCCAACUUUGACAGCUGCUACCACCUGCUAGUGGCUGCGCCUCAAAAAACACGGCCAUUUCUCCCGUACAGUUUGUUUUAUCGAAAGUUGUUUGUGCCACAGGGCUUUUCCAGGUGGCCAGUCGCUCACAAUGUCAACUGGGGAAACGGAAAAAACGACAGGCUACGCUAGUGGGGAUGACGAGGACUGGCUUUACGGAGACAACAACGACGAUGAUGAUGUGGACGAUGCCGCUGGUGAUGAUGAUGACAAGAAGACAGAGACUGAAAUUUUCAGUGCUUUGGUUGGAGAUGUGGAAGGCGCUAAUGGAGUGGAUAAUCAGGAUGUUGAUAGCGACUCGGACAGUGAUGACAACUUGCGCAUUACCAUUGGCAACAUCAAAACCGACAGGAUCCAGAGCACUAGCACUCCUGUCAAUCUCAAGACCUCAGGCAUAACCACUGUGACAGGUGCGAAGGUCAGAGGAGUGGCUCUGGUUGCAGUGGACAGCAUCAUUGGCACUCCAGCACUGGAGGUGGAUGAGGAGUUGGAGGAGAAGCCUUGGAGAAAACCAGGUGCGGACCUGUCAGACUAUUUUAACUAUGGCUUCAACGAGGACACCUGGAAGGCGUAUUGUGACAAACAGAGAAGACUGCGCAUGAGCCUAGAGUUCAUGACCUUAGGCUCGUCUGACAAAAACAUGGGUAGUCAUGAUGAGCUCGUCUCUAAAUCAGAUUGCCCCUCCAGGAAGUUGAAAAGCUCCAUCGAUGUAAUCGGAGGGCAAACAGAGACCAUCAUUCGUGUGGAAGGGCGAAGGCAUCACAGCACAGAUGGAAGCAACAUGCAGGUGCAGUCCUCCUCCGAACGGCCCGUGGAUGCUGAGCCGCCAUCCUCUAAGCUGCCUCCUUUCUUUGCCCCCAUCAUUCCUCCUCCACCUUUUCCUCUUCUCUCCAUCAGCACCACUCCUCCUUUUAUACAACAUCCACCACGACCGUCUAUGAGUGUCCCACCACCUGGUUUUCCACUCCCUCCUGAAGUUCCUUCUCCUCCCUUUACAUCAGGCAGUGGCCAUUCAGGAGGAAGCUAUGAUAGCUGCUGUGCCCCGUUGUAUCCCUUUGCUGCAGGUGUGUAUCCACAUGCUCUGGGGCACAUGACCCCUUGGCUGGGCUUGAGUGACCAUGCCAAAGUGUGGAAGUAUAAAAGCUGCCAGGACAAAGAGAGGGAAAAGGGGAAGGAUAGAGAGAGGACCCGGGAACGAGAGCGGGACCGAGAGCUGAAGAAAGAGCAGGAGAGAGAGCGCGAUCAGGAGAACACACCCUCAUUUCCGAGCCGCAGCAGUGACAAAGAGCGUGCAUCACGUCACAGGGACCAUAGUGAUCGGGAGAGAGAGAGACAUCGGGAACAUGAUAGAGAGGGGAGAGAAAGAGAAGACCGGCAUCGUGACAGAAGACACAGGGACCAUAACGAGCGACACAAAUCCUCACGCAGCAGUAGCAGUCGGAGAAGGCAUUCCAGUGAUGAUGGAGAGAGCCACAGGAGACACAGAUACAAGCGCUCCAAACACAACAAGGACAGCACGGACACCGAGUCCACUGACUGACCGGCUACCCAAAAGGGAGAGAUCGUACGUCUUAACAAGUUGUCUUAAUUAUUCACUCUUGUAGGCAGUCAGUGGCUGGAGAGUGACAACAUUGUACGUUCAUUCGAGCCAAGUAAAUUCCAGGCUCAUUAGGAGCUGAUUUAUUUUCAUUUUAAGCUGUUAUAAGAGACCUAGUUUACAAAACUAAUUUAUUACCCAGUUUAUGACAAGACCAAAGACAAUGAACAAAAUCAUUUUUUUAAUUUAAGCUAAUUUAUUAGAAGAUUACUUGAAUGAAAAAAAGAAACAUUUUUGAUUGUUUAGCUAAGAUGAUUUAUAUUUGUGUUGUGCCAAAGAAUGGUUUUGUUGCGGUAUGAAAACAGUAUUAUAAAUAAUUUGGUAAACCA